AUGGCCAACUAUCUCGCCUCGAUUUUCGGUACGGAGCAGGACAAGGUUAACUGUUCUUUCUACUACAAGAUCGGCGCCUGCAGACACGGAGACCGCUGUUCUCGAAAGCACGUUAAGCCGUCCUAUUCCCAGACCAUCUUGAUGCCAAACAUGUACCAAAACCCCGCCUACGACCCAAAGAACAAGAUGAAUCCCAGUCAACUGCAGAACCAUUUCGAUGCGUUUUACGAGGAUGUAUGGUGCGAGAUGUGCAAGUAUGGUGAGCUGGAAGAAUUGGUGGUCUGCGACAACAACAACGACCAUCUUAUUGGGAAUGUCUACGCUCGAUUCAAAUACGAAGAAGAUGCGCAAGGAGCCUGCGAUGCGCUGAACUCACGUUGUGAUGCGCAUCGUGCGUUUCUUCAAGCCUUUAUGGCACGUUCGACCAUGACCUUUGACGAGGCAAGGCCCAUCAUGGCAGCUAUCUCUUGCGUUGCUGAUGGCGGAUCAGUUUCUCCAGAAGAUGUAACAGAAGAGGAAUUCUCCUCGUACAUUUCUAUGGCCAAUACGGCUAUUUCCCCUCUCGAUCUCGAGAUCAGAAGUACUCUCCGUCAGUUACCGAUCGACCCUGAAGCUACCGAGGUCCCAGCGCCGGAACGAGUAUACGCUCUCGUUAAUACGACCAGUGAUCCUUUGACGCAAUUGGCGACCACGUACUCAGCCGAUGAAAUCGCGUUCGUCAAGCGUGUUCUCGACGCCAUAUUCGAUACAAACAACACGAGAAGGUCUGAGGCGAUGGUGGUCAGCGGGAUGCAAGCAAUUCAAUUGGCCAAAACGUCCUCUGGAGAUUCUAGUCGCCGCGAGUCGAAUAUGGCGACCGAGCAGAGUCAAGGCGGGGCAGCACAGUCGUUGGGUAUUUCACAAGCUGAAACGGUAUUGAGACAGCUCGUGGAAGAUGGGUGGCUUGAGAAGAGCAGGAAAGGAUUCUAUAGUCUGAGCCCACGAGGGUUGAUGGAACUACGAGGGUGGUUGGUUGCAUCGUAUAAUGACGAGAAUGAAGAUGACUGCAGAUUUGAUAAAAUCAAAUUCUGUGCCGCCUGCAGGGAUAUUAUUACUGUGGGUCAACGCUGCGUGAACCGUGACUGCCCGGGCAGACUUCAUGAUCAUUGUAUUCGGAAUUUCUUCCGCAUGCAGCAGGCUGAGAAUUGCCCUGUGUGCAAGAAUUCGUGGCCCGGCGAUAAGUUUGUUGGAGAGAGGGCGAUUACCACGACAGAUCAGUAUAUACAGGGCAGAAGACGGGGCAACAACAGUCAACGACAAAGUGGUGGCGGCUCCAGCUCGCAGAUCCAUGGCACGAAUGUCGAAGGAGAGGACGACAGUGAUUGA